CGACAGUAUUAAGUUUGGAAGGAAUAAUGCAACAUGUCUACAGAGGUUCCUUGCAGUGUUCAUGAAAACUCAAAUUGGCGAUACGUGAGUCUGGUCUUCGAGAUGCUUAUAUGUGGCUGCGGAGUCGUUGGGUGCUGCCUCAGCCUGUGGUGUUUGAAGACUUGCAAGAAAAUGCAAACGGCAAUGAAGAUACAGCUCCUUUUCUUCUUCACGACAACACUCACCAUAUCCUUCGUUGUCCUGCCUGCAUAUGCUGUGAUGGACUACUGGCGUUUCCUAUGCUGGCAGGGGGGCAUAAUCGUGAAACUUUGCUCGUUCACUAGUUAUACUGUCCUUGGGAUCAUAGAGAGGGAUGUCUUCGCCGUCAUUGCAACGUACAGGAUGAUAGCCGUCUGCUUCCCCCUGAAGUACAAGCAGUGGUCUAAGUGGCGUGUGGUUCUCAGCAUCGAAGUCUCGAUUUGUCUCAGUGUCGCGUUGCUGUGGGCGGUCGCUAUUUUUACACAGGACCUGGACACCGUUGAGAUAAACGACCCCAGCAGCUACGCCAUGGGGAAAGUUCUCUUCUAUCUUUUCCUUUUGGCGCCGAUCAUCAUCACUGUGACCGCCUACGUGACCAUGAUUGCGUAUAUGCGCUUCAAGGGGAGUCUAAGGACCAGCCACAGGAACCAGGUGUCCUUCGGCCUCGGCGUCCUCAUCCUCACCAACCUCCUCCUCGACCUCCCUCACAUAGCCAUGCACGUCUCGGGCGUGGACUCCAAGAGCCUCCCCUUCAUCCUCAUCCACGUGAUCUACCGUCUUCACUACGCCCUCGACUCCCUCAUCUUCGUGGGUAUGAAUGCUCCUUAUCGCCAAAAGGUCCUUCGCUGCGUGUCCUGCGGGAGAUUGGGGACACGCCACGCCCCCUCUCUCUCUCCUGCGGCCGAAAGCAACACGCGGACGGAUACGGUGACGGCUUUCUAGGGCGCGGCGCUUCCUGGGGUUUGUUCCGCCUGCUGGAGGGUCGACCGUCAGCUUGCAGGAGGUCGACUGUCGAAUCACAGGUCAAUUAUGAAUUCAUAGGAGGUCAUGAAUCGAUGCAGAGGUCAUCCAUUGACUCAGAGGAGGUCAUCCAUCGACGCAGAGGUCAUCCCUUAACGCAAAGGUCAUCCAUCGACUCAGAAGUGGUCAUCCAUCGACUCAUAGGUCCAUCAACUCAACGGAGGUCAUUAAUCGACGGAUUGCAUCCGUCGAAUCAGAGGAGGUCGUCUGCCAACUCAAGAUCAUCCAUCAACUCAAAGGAGGUCAUCCAUCGACUCAGGGGUCAUCCAUCAACUCAAAGAUCAUCCACCGACUCAAAGGAGGUCAUCCAUCGACUCAGGGGUCAUCCAUCAACUCAAAGAUCAUCCAUCGACUCAGAGGAGUUCACCCGACAUCUUUACUCAACGCUGACUUUUACCUUCAUUAAUGUUAAUGGUUUACUCCAGAAAAUGUCUGGUCCUUCCCUCCCAAUGAUUGAAGAAAAAAAAAUAAAAGUUGAACUAUUUAAAAUUUAUUUCAUUUGAGUUAUUAAAGUUAUUUCAUAAUUUUCUUGAAUCAAUGAUGCUCUUCCACUUACAUCAUUCAAAUUAAAGUUUUGUA